AUGUCUCGUCCCGAGGAUACCCUCGCGGCCGACGUCCACUACGACGAUGUCGAAGCUCGCAAAUACACGACGUCCUCGCGCAUCCAAAACAUUCAGGCCUCGAUGACGCGGCGCGCCCUGGAGCUGCUGGACCUGCAGGGGCCCUCGCUCAUCCUCGACGUCGGCUGCGGCAGCGGCCUCUCCGGCGAGAUCCUGUCCGCCGUCGCGCCCGAGGACGGCGGCCCGCACACCUGGAUCGGCAUGGACCUGAGCCCCUCGAUGCUCGACGUCGCGCUGCAGCGCGACGUCGAGGGCGACCUCGUGCUCGCAGAUAUCGGCCAGGGCGUGCCCUUUCGCGCCGGCGCCUUUGACGCCGCCAUUAGCAUCUCGGCCGUGCAGUGGCUCUGCAGCGCCGAGACGAGCGACACGUCCCCCGCGGGCCGCCUCACGCGCUUCUUCAACGGGCUGUACGCGUCGCUGCGCCGCGGCGGUCGCGCCGUCUGCCAGUUUUACCCGAAAAACGAAACCCAGCGCAACAUGAUUACCCAGGCGGCCGUCAAAGCCGGCUUCGGCGCGGGCUUGCUCGAGGACGACCCCGGCACCAAGAAUGUCAAGCUGUAUCUGGUGCUGACGGUGGGCGCGGCGGGCGGCGGCGCGGGGGAUAUUACUGGCGUAGUGGAGGGUAUGGAUAAUGUCGACGUUGAGGAUGCGCGGAGAAAGUUUGCGGCGGUGAAUAAAAAGGGCGAGAUGAAAAAGGGAAGCAAGGCGUGGAUUGUCAAGAAAAAGGAGCAGAUGGAGCGCAAGGGGAAGAUUGUAAAGGCCACGUCCAGAUACACGGGCCGCAAGCGCCGCAUUGCGUUUUGA